AUGCUCGGAACUCCGCAAUACAUACUGUUACUGCUAUUUUUAUGUGUUGGUUCAACAAUUUUUUGUGCGAUUUUCCUUACUUUCCCAAGCCUCCUUGGCCAAACAAUCGGUAAAAAAUCAUCCAUCGCGAAACAAACAAAGUAUUCGAAAGAGAUACUGGAUAUUUCGAUAGUACCACAAAAAGAACGAAAUUUUAGCGACGUACAGAUUAAUAGGAUGACUUUGCUUGGGAGGUGGCUUUUGUCUUCUGAGGGAAGUGUUCCUCCGACGACAAUUAAUACAAAAAGGGAACCUUAUUUGAUCUUAAUUUGGAUGCACGGGAAAUUCUUGGAACGCAGGCACAUCAAACGCUUUACAAAGAAAAAAUUUUCUCCAUGGCAAAAUUGUUCGGUGACGAAAUGUAUGUUGACGUAUCGUUCAAGGGAUAUAGCUAUAGCGGAUGCAGUAAUAUUUCAUUUGCAUUUGACAAAGGAUAUAUCAGAAUUGCCAGCUAGACAGCAUAGGAGACAAAGAUGGAUUUUUUUGACUGACGAAUCACCAAUGCACACUUUUCUUUACGGAAAUCAACAAAUUUCAGAAUAUAAUGGCUUGUUCAACUGGUCGAUGUCUUAUCGGAUGGACAGCGAUAUUCCGGUACCAUACGGCCGAGUAGUGCGUAGAUCGCGUCUAAACUCAGGAAUCGCCAAUUUUCCGAAAGAUUUUAUUAAGAAGUCCAAAACUAAACUGGUCGCUGUGAUGGGUAGUAACUGUGCUGGUAUCAAGAGAAGAUGGAAGUACGUGAGCGAGCUUAAAUCAAUUCUUCGCAACGAACUUGAUAUAUACGGAAAAUGCCUGACCGGCAAUGUGACCGCAUGUCCAGGCCAUUUCGACAGGGAUUGUGAAGCUUUAAACGCUUAUAAAUUUUAUUUGGCCUUCGAGAAUUCAAAUUGUAAAGAAUAUAUUACAGAGAAAGUAUUUUGGAACGGCUAUCACAAGCUAGCUAUUCCGAUAAUAAUGGGCGCGCCAAAGAAAGACUGCGAACAGUUAUUACCACCUCAUUCUUUUCUUCAUGUCAGUGAUUUCGCCAAUCCAACUACUUUGGUUAAUUAUAUUCUGUAUCUUAAUCGCCAUGAUGAUAAAUACCUUGAGUAUCAUGAGUGGCGUAAAUAUUACAAAGUAAUUAACGAGCAUGGUUAUUUUGGAAGUAGUUCACGACAUUAUUGUCGUGUUUGCGAAGCUCUGCAUUACAAUUCCCCUACUGUUAAGGUGUACGAAGAUAUAGAAUCAUUUUGGGACAAACAUCGAGACUGUACCUCUUGA